GGCUGUUUUGUUACGGAUAGCAGCAGCCAAUUAAGGCAGGAAUUACAAACCAUAUUGUACCUACCUUAUGUACUAUGGAUGUAACACAGAUGGCGGAACAACCCCAACUACCCCCCACCAAGUUGAAGUCUUCCAAUGCGUAACAGGAAAGAACAAAAACUACAACUAAAAUCAACCAUCACGUAACUCAUUCCUUUUAACCUAACUCAUUACCUUUGGCCUCAAUCCCUACCUGCUUAGUUCAUUUUCCGUCUAGCGGAUGCUCACCUUCCUUAUCGCGGAUAAAACAAUCUUUUCGUUCAUAGUAUUAUUGUUGUCUUUCUUAACGACCACAUUUGCCAAACCGAAUUCCGAUCCCACUAUGGCGAUGCGCCGAGCUCCACCGUUGCUAUUCCCAGCUGCCGCCAAGCACACAGCUACCGUCAUUUUCAUCCACGGAUUGGGUGAUAACGGGUACGGAUGGGCAUCGGCAGUAGAGAACUGGAGACGGAGACAGAGAUUGGAUGAGGUCAAAUUCAUCCUGCCCCAUGCCCCGCGCAUCCCGGUUACGGCUUCGGGCGGAAUGUCUAUGCCUGGGUGGUACGAUAUCUUUGCACUCACUGGCAAAAUAGACGAUAUCAAAAGGCAUCAAGAUGAGAAUGGUAUCAUGCAGAGUAGAGAGUACUUCCACGGGCUGAUCCAAGCCGAGAUCGACUCUGGGAUACUCCCUAGCCGCAUCGUACUCGGCGGCUUCUCACAAGGCGCUGCUAUGUCCCUCUUUUCUGGCUUGACGGCCAAGUUCAAGUUGGCCGGCAUAGUCUCACUUUCGGGCUACCUACCCUUAGACUCAAAGCUUGACGAUCUUCUCAAAGAGGACGAUCACAACCAUCAAACACCAAUCUUAAUGUGUCAUGGAGAUGAGGAUGCAGUCGUACCGACGAACUUGGGCAAGAUGUCUUACGAAUCGCUGAAGAGCCGUGGUUUCGAUGUGACGAUGAAGAUAUAUCCGGGGCUGCCUCAUUCGGCCUGUAUAGAGGAACUCGACGAGGUUGAGGCUUUCUUGAAGGCUCGUCUCCCGCCUCAAGACAACAAGACGGAACUGUAAAAUCGAUAAAACUGGGGAAGUGGAUAUUCAAUGCGAUAGAGACUAUUACGGCACUAAUUCUACGAGGUGGUUCGCAAUGACGUGCAAGUAUAGAUGGUGUCCGUUGCGUAUUGGACGAUAGAGACGCCUUACAGUGCAAAUCAGACUAAUUGGAGGCCAUAGUAUGAAUAUAAAUAUGAUUGGACGACGGCCUGAUUUACUACUUAGACGUCAGACUCGAGAUACAUGUAUGGGAGGUAGGUAGUCGGCAGGUUAUGGAGGGAUAUGUUAGAAUUCUUAGCCAAAUUUACAAAAUUCAUCAUAAAGCUUCAAUGCAC